GGCUCGCAGGGCGGAUAGAGCGGGGCCGGCUCGGCGGAGCGGGGGCCGCCAUGGGCUCCCAGGUGCUGCAGAUCCUGCGCCAGGGCGUGUGGGCGGCGCUGAGCGGCGGUUGGUACCAGGACCCGCACCAGGGCCCUGGGGUCAACGCGCUGCACCUCUACCUGUGGCUCUUCUUGCUCGGCUUCCCCUUCACCCUCUACAUGGCCCUCCCUUCUUCCAUGAUGAUAGUAGCUGUCUACUGCCCGGUGAUAGCAGCUCUCUUUAUUGUUCUGAAGAUGGUGAAUUACCGUUUGCACAGGGCACUGGAUGAGGGAGAAAUUGUGGAAAGGAAUGACAGUGAGCAUAUGGACAGAGGUGCAAAAACAGAACAAAGCAAUGUUUCAGCCAAGAGGAAAGACAGCAAUGGGCCCAGUGACCCUGGUGGAGGGAUUGAGAUGUCAGAGUUCAUACGAGAAGCAACUCCCCCUGUUGGCUGUAGCUCACGCAAUUCUUACGCUGGGAUAGAUCCAAACAAUCAGGUUGGGAUCUGGGCUAUCUCGUCUGGGAACAGCAGCAACAUCAAAGGAGAUACUGACACUGCAAGACUCUGAUUGAUAUCAGUUUAAGUCUUGGCCAGAGUUCCUAGCCUGUGUAAAGAAGGAGAUGAAAAGAACAAGAUUUGGCAGCGGAUCGGAAGCUUUUUCGUCUGGUGUCGAAUGACUCCUUUGUCUCCAUCCAACCUUCAAUAUCCUCUGGACAGGAUUUUCCAAGAGACAACAGUGACAGAGUGUGCCUCUCCAACAGCCAGCUUGUGGACCAGUCUAAAAGCGGUGCAUGUGACACAGAAGUAGCUUCACUUGUAACUCUGCAUUCUCACUCCUAUAGGAAGGAUCACAGACCACGUGGUGUACCAAGGACUUCUAGCUCUGCUGUCGCUUUUCCAGAUGCUUCACUGAAUGACUUCCCUCUCUAUCAACAAAGACGAGGACUAGAUCCUGUCAGUGAGUUAGAAGCUUCCA